AAGCAUUGGAUGUCGUUGAUAGUUGCGUCUCGACGACAGAGAGCACCGCCACAGAAAGAAAAUGAUGGUGACAAUCCUCCUCGCUGUGUGCAUGUUAUCCAUGUGUUCAGCACAAGAACGAGCACCAAACCUACCUGAUGAAGAUGACUUCUGCCUGCGUUCAGCUUUCGCUCCAAAACUUGCGGAGCGAUGGCCAUUUUUCGGCUUGGAAACUGGCUUGGAUGACACAAAACUUGCAAGGACAUAUAGAGCAUCGGAUGGUGGACAUCUCUUGGAAUAUGCUCCAGCGCUUGAUGCAUGUGGUGGGAAAUACCCAAUCUGGAGAAAACAAUUCAGAAACGACACAUCAGUGGUGUGCAUUAAAACUGAGAAAAGCGAUUGUGCUCAAGAAAUGGAGAUAGAAACACGAAUCUGUAACGGUGUUGAAGUAUACAGCCUGAGAACUGAUUUUGAAGGAAGUACCUUUUGUUUUCAACCCAAUUUCUGUCACUUCCAACCAUGUCAAAAUGGAGGCAAAUGUGUUAACAGACGUGACGGCUAUCACUGCGAAUGUCCUACAGGAUUUUCAGGUCCUACCUGUCAAGGCGAUCCUUGCAACAACUAUCGGACGUUACCGGACAUGGACCUACGAUCCCCAAGCAACACGGUGCCUCAUAGUUACAAUGACACCAUUGCUCCGGGCUGGUAUGAAGCACCCAUGGGAUGGACAAUGGCUGAUAGUGAUCCAUAUUUUGCAUGUGGAACAGAGUUUUCCUUAUAUACCUUAGCGACAGACGGAGAUAUGAUGCUUAUGUGCGAGUCUUUCUUUACCCCUGGUCAGUGUUACCAGCCCUUCGUCCUGAAAACAUUGACCUGUGGGCAAAAACAAUUGUAUGGAAUUUUCCACCUGAACGGUCUCGUCACGCAUUGUUUCGAAUGUACACCCUUCCCCCUGGAUGUUCUGAUCAUAGAGGACGUAUCUACCUCAGUAAUGAAACAUGAUUAUAUCAAGAUGAAGGAAUUUGUCAUGCAGGUUGUCAGUGGACUCGACAUAAGUCCAAAAGGUACCAACGUCGCCUUUAUGUCUGUAGGGCAAACUGCGAAAGUUGGGUUCCACUUGAAUGCAUACCAAAACGAAUCAACCCUGUUAGCAGCUCUUGCUGCUCAACGUGGUACCGGUGGACGCACAGUCCUAGGUGAUGCCAUCUUACUGGCAGUGUCUGAUAUCUUCGAACCGGCCCAUGGCGAUCGUGCAGAGGCUCCAAACGUUGUCUUAAUUUUCACCGAUGGAAAAGCCAAUGGCGGGGCAAAUAUCUACAGAAACAGCUGGCGUUUGAGCAUGAGAGCUCAGGUGAUUGUCGUGGCAGUGACGUCGGACGUGAAUGUGGGUAUAAUGAGAACACUGGCAUCGAACAUGCACCAUGUACUGGACAUCAAGGACCAAAAUGCCAUAACUUUGGUCAAGAAUGGAGUCACCCCAUGCAAACGGUACAUAGGGUAUAGGCCUCAAUAAUAAUGUAGCUGCGUCUGCAAAUAAAUAACUUGCAUCCUA